UCUCUCUCGGUCCCUUCCUCCAUUUCCUAUAUUUAUAAAAGAAGACCUGACCGCAGUUAUGAUCGAUCCACGCUCUCUCUAACACACUCUUAUUCUUUUUUCCUUCCUUUCUAAUUUCUCCGGAUUUUUAAUUUUAAUAAAUUCUCACCUCCUAAACUAAAACCCUAACCAUUCUGCUGUUCUUAUCCUGUUCAAUUCUUUUCUCCCUCCCCUGCUAAUGGUCUUUCUGCUCGGUUCUUCGACGAGGAGGUAGCGGCAAUCAUGCCACUCCCAUGGAAGAAGGCCAAGAUCGGCCGGAUUUCUCGUUUCGUCGCCGACCUCCGAUCUUCCAAGCGCGGUGGCUCCCUCGUUGUUGAAACUGGUUUCCCGACCUCUCUCAUAGAUCUCAUCGUCAAGAACCGAGAUCGCUUGAAGAAGCCUCCAAAGAAGAAGCCUCUGGAGACUUCCGGUUCCACAUGUUUGUCUUCGCCUUCUGUAAAUUCCUCGAAUUCCAAGUUUUCCCUAAGUCCAUUAGUGGUCCCAACUCCGGAAAUCAGCAGCCCUAUCCAGCUUUCCCCAACGCCUGUACCUUCAGCUCUUCAAAUUGAGGGCCCUAGCACUCCAAUUAGCAAGGAAAUCGCCCCUCCUCUUGUAGCCAAUAAGGUCGAAGAUGUCGCCAAGGUUCCGGUUUCGAAUGGCCGAGCUUUCAUGGCAGUCGUAGAACUGUUUUUCAUGCUAAUUCUGGCUUUGGAAACCAGAAGACUCGCAAUCGGGGUAACCCUGUCAGCGUUUACCCUUUUGUUUCUCGAAUUUGCGGCCGAACGCGUAUUUGGUUUCUUGAAACCUUGUGCAGAUGCGCGGAGAAGUUUUAAGUGUUUUGUGGAACGCGUUUUAUUCUUUGUUCGGCCAGAAAAGGGGCUGGCUGGAGUCGAUGAGACUGCCGUAGCUGAUAAGGCGAUUAGACUAAAACAAGAGGAUUUAGGGAGUCGACACAGAGGAGAAGAAGAGAAGGAAGAAGAACAAGCUGCCGACAAUGAGGCAUUUCGUCUUGGAGUCAGCAAUCCAACUUGGAUCGAAGAGAUUCAAUAUAUAGACCCUGAAUAUGAUUUGCUAAGUCGUGAGAAAAAAUGGGGCUUUGAAGAGUCCAAUCAGAGGAGGAUUUUGGGGAAAGAUGAGGGUGCUGUUCAAGGUAGAGACCUAAAAAGUAGAAGGACCAGCAGCGAUAAACUGAAGGAGAAGAUUUUGAAAAAGUUUAUCCCAAAGAAAUUUCGUGGCUCAAAGAGACCAAUUGGUAAACAGCAGCAGGUAUUGUCAAAUUUUGGGGUAUCAAAUUUCGAUGAAGAUGAGAAGUUGCAAAGAAUAGAUGAAUACGUUCGAAAAGAAGAAAAUGAGCAAGGAGAACAAGAAUAUCAACUAGAGCCGGAGAAAGAAGAAAUCGAAAUUUAUGACAUUCAUGGUUUUAGCUGUGUUUCGCAAGUUGACUUGGAUGUUAUUGUUGUUGAAAAAAAUAAUGGAAGAAAAUUACGGAAGAGUUUGGGAUAUCUGAUCCUCUUUGUGAUUGUUCUUUGUGGAUUGAUAGGAGGUCGGUUUAUGGCAGGUGUAGUUACCAUAGUAUGGUGUCUGUUGGUAAAAUCAGUUGAAGCUCUAAAGAGAAAAGAAUGAGAAUUCCCCAUGUCUUAGUACUUAAGUAUGAUUGAUGGGUUUUUUGCUAUGAGGUUCAACCUUUUGUUGGCAACCCAAUUUAGAGGUAGUGGACAUGGUAAAUUUAAGAUAGAUGCAGAAAAAAUUCUGUAAAAUAUUUUCCUUCUCUUUCUUAAUGUAGUGGCAACUUUGUAUGAUUACCUUCGAAACAAGAAAAAAAAAGGAAUACUAAUUUGUAUAUGCAUAACUUUGAGCAUUUGAAGUGUUGGUAUCAA